AUGCGUGACGUCACUGCCGAGCUGAUGCGCUCGGGCGCGCCUCGGGACCGUCGUGCAACAUCGAUUUUACCCCGCUCGCCAGUCGUUUUCCGAUACCGACGCCGUGAGGCCGCGCGCGCACCAUCUGCAAAUAUAAGAAAAAUCUAUGUGUUGGUACGUCAAAAGAAGGGGAGAAGUGUUCAAGAAAGACUUAAUGGUAUUUUAGAGAACCCGGUUUUCACAAUUCUACGCAAAGAAAAACCUUCUUUCGUUGACAAAAUAGUGGGAAUUGAAGGCGACGUCUCUGAGAUUAAUCUUGGCAUUCAUGAAAAAACUUGGGCUUCGCUUACUAAUGAGGUGAACGUGAUAGUUCAUGCCGCUGCUACCAUAAAUUUUGUUGAAACUAUCAAAAAAGCGACUUUGAUUAACGUCCGUGGGACAAGAGAGAUGCUGAAAUUUGCCAGAUCUUGUACCAACAUUAAGUCGAUAGUCCAUGUGUCUACAGCCUACGCUAACGCUACGAGGAGUCGUAUCAAAGGUGAAAUUGAAGAGGACUUCUAUGACAGCCCAAUACCUCCUGAUGCGUUAAUACAACUUGCGGAAAGUGUUAACGAAGAUACCUUAAACAACAUGAUAACUCCGCUUACCCAACAGUGGCCAAACAGUUACACGUUCACGAAAAACAUUACCGAGGACCUUAUAAGGCGUCAUGCAAGAGACCUGCCUAUAUGUAUUGUUCGACCUGCUGUAGUGAUAGGUGCCUUUGAAGAACCGAUGCCUGGAUGGAUUGAUCCAAAAAAUGCAUUUGGACCAAGCGGGAUGAUACUUGGACCUGCCAUGGGUGUAACACACACACAUUUGGCAAAGAAUGAGAUAAAUAUUGAUUUCACACCCGUCGAUAUAGUUAAUAACGUUAUAAUAGCAGCUGCAUGGGAAACAUACGAGAAAUUCACCAGAGGUGACAGGAAAACCAUUAUAUACACAGUUACUGGAACAAGAAAUCCUAUAAAGUGGGGAGAAAUGAUCGACAUUCUAUAUAAGGAAAAAUACAAUUUAGUGAUAAAAGAAUCUAUUUGGUACCGGUUUCUUAUUCAGACUCGAUACAAAAUUAUUUAUAUAAUUUUAUCAUGCCUAUUACAUUAUAUACCGGCUCUUAUUAUUGACGGGUUCUGCAUAGUGAUGGGAAAGAAACCAAGUUAA